GCGGUGGCUGAUGGGAUUGCUCCGCCGCUGGUGUGGACAUGUCCGCCAUGUUUUCCACGGCGCAGGGAACCGAGCAGCCCGGAGAAACGUCCCGUUAAGCCCGCACACUGAGUCCUCCCGCCGGGUACCGGAGCAGCCGAUGAGCCGGUCCGGAGCGGAUCCUCGUCGGUUCCGGUGCGGGUUCGUGGCGGAUUGGCGCUCUUUCGGCGCAAACAAUGAGUAAACUCUCGUUCCGGGCGCGAGCGCUAGACGCCGCCAAACCGCUCCCGGUUUACCGCAACAGAGACCUUCCGGACCUGAGCGACUGCGUGUCCAUCAACCGGGCCGUUCCGCAGAUGCCGACCGGGAUGGAGAAAGAGGAAGAGCUGGAGCACCACCUGCAGAGGGCGAUCUCGGCCCAGCAGGUCUUCAGGGAGAAGAAGGAGAACAUGGUGAUCCCCGUCCCUGAGGCCGAGAGCAACACCACCUACUACGACCGUCUGUACAAAGGAGAGGUCAAAGUCCCCAAACAGCUGAUCCACAUCCAGCCUCUGGGUCUGGACCUGGAGCAGCCAGACUACGACAUGGACUCAGAGGACGAGACGCUGCUCAACAGACUGAACAGAAAGAUGGAGAUCAAACCUCUGCAGUUUGAGAUCAUGGUGGACCGAUUGGAAAAGGCCAGCACACACCAGGUGGUGUCUCUGUCAGAGGCGAAGCUGCUGCUGAAUGAGGAUGACUACCUGCUGAAGUCUGUGUAUGAUUACUGGGUGAGGAAGAGGAAGAACUGUCUAGGUCCAUCGCUGAUUCCUCACAUCAAACAGGAGAAAAGAGACGGAUCCACCAACAGCGACGCCUACGUGGCCUUCAGACGGAGGACCGAGAAGAUGCAGACCAGGAAGAACCGUAAGAACGACGAGGCGUCGUACGAGAAGAUGCUGAGACUGAGGCGAGAGUUCAGUCGGACCGUCACCAUCCUGGAGAUGAUCAAAAGGAGAGAAAAGUCCAAGAGAGAGCUGCUCCACCUCACUUUGGAGGUGGUGGAGAGGAGGUAUCAGAUGGGAGAUUUCAGUGGAGACACUCUCAGAGAGGUAUCACUCCCUCUGGUGGAGAAACCAGUGUACAGCACUCCAGUUACUCUGAACAACGGCAACAGACACAAAACUGACAAGAUCAAGCGUCUGUCUGCGUUGCAGAUGCAGAAGAAGCCGAUCUCCGUCAGAGACGAGCUUCCUUUCGACCUGAUCAGACCAAAGAAGAAGAACAUUAGACGGGACAGAUUGUAUCCUCCACAGAGACGUCCUGGUCGACCCCCCGGCCCCUUCACCGUCAACAAGGCUGACAUCAAACAGUACGACUUCCACAGCUCCGGAGAGGACGAAAGUCCGCCACCACCGCUGUCUCCUCCGUCUUCUCCUGAUGAAGAGAAUAAUCCUGAUGGAGUCUUUGUGUUCAGAAGAAAAGCUGGAUGUCAAUAUCUGUCUCCUUGUAGGGAGCAGGCGGGUGGAGAUCAUCCACAGCUCCUCCCUCAGUGUCUCCGUCACUCUCUGGCUGAACUGACGCUGCCUCCUCAUUGGACGGGACUGAGCCGCCGCAGGAUAGGACGGGGGGGCAGGAUAAUCUUGGACCGAGCCUCAUCAGGUCUGGAUCCAGUACUAAGGCAGAUGGACUCUUUAGCACAUCCAGUCUUCAGGACUAGGACCUGCCUCCUCAGAGAACCACUGGAGCAGAACCCCUCCCUGACUGAAAUCCUGAACAACAUCCAGACCUUGAGAAGGUUCUGCUACAGACCCCGACCGGUUCAGGACCAGAGAGAAGGGUGCAGAGGGACUACAGGGUCCUCUCUGGAGGACCGAAGACUCACCUGCUGUCGGUCACCUGACACCAACUCUGGAUCAGCAGGGGGCAUCACAGAGGAGCAGUACCACAGUCAUCAGCAGCAGCUGGUUCAGAUGCAGAAACAACAGCUGGAACAACUGCACAACAACUCUGCUUCAUACAGACACACAGCGCUGCAGAGGUCACAGUCUACCAGGGCAGGUGAGUCUGGUUCAAAAACUCUGGACUCAGCCAGCGCUCAGUUUGCAGCCUCUGCUGUGAUCAGUGCUUCUCCUCUUCCUCCUCAUGGUGUCAUCAACAGAGAGAACAAACCCUACAAGACCAGCAUCAACGGAGUCCACCAUCCUUCAGGUCCCUCCAGGCCUCCGUACUCUUCCUCCUCGUCUCUCAGCAGGUCGGGGCUUUCAGCUCGGGGUUCACUAUCCUCCUCUUCCUCCUCCCCUCAGUCCCUUCCCAACCAGAGGAGUCAGGUGGGAGCUGUCUCCCCCCGCCCACCCCCCCACACUGCUCGACCCUCAGCCCCCCCAACGUCUGCCUUAAAGCUCGCCACCGUCGCCACCAGCCUCAACCGAGUGCCCAAAGUCUCCACCGCCAGGUAAACGCCACCCACAGACACCCGUACAGAGACGCUAACGAGCCGGAGAGACUGCUUAACGGACUGUCAGAGACCACGCUGCCCAUGGAGGUCACAUAACAUCGUAUCCCAUCAUCCCCUGCUCCUCCUCCCAUCAUGCCCUGCUUCCCCUGCUCCUCCUCCCAUCAUGCCCUACUCCUCCUCAGUGUCUGACCGGUGAAUGUGACACACCGCGACCUCCAGAAGAAGAAAAUGGCGUCAGAAUCAGAACAUUUUACUGAGUGUGGAAAUUAUUAUUAUUAUUGUUAUUGUUGUACAGUUUGUAAAUGUCUUUGAUGUAAAAUAGAUUUGGUUUGUUUCAUCAGUUUAGUUUCUUAAUCAUCAUGUGACUGCAGAAUCAACUCUGAUUGGUCGAGGAUAAGUCUGUAUCUUCGCUCUGAUUAGUUGAGGAUGAGAUUAUCUUUGCUCUGAUUGGUCGAGGAUGAGUCUGUAUCCUCGCUCUGAUUGGUUAUUUAUUUCUUGUUUACAUUUUGUAUUCUUUAACAAUCUGAGUCUUGUCGACUGAUUUCUGUUCUUGUUUCUUUUUUAAAUGUCUGUUGAAGAAUCUCUUCAUAUCUGAUCAUUCAAAUAAAAUAUGCAUCCUGUAAAAAGAGA